AUGGCCUCAGGCAAGUUCAAAAAAGAACACAGCAAAAAGUCACUCGUGGAUGCGGAUAGGAGCUUUGCCGAUACCAACCCCUCCAAGUGCGCCAGCCACCGCAGGCAUCUCAGUCAGCAGAGUGUAGGCGAGAGAAGCUUUGGCGCACACAUACCGGCACGUUCACCACACACGGCCCAUUGCGGACAUUCGAGCGAACGAACGGAUAGCCUUGUGGCCAUGGAUGUCAGUAAAGAGCGG